AUGUUGAAAUUAUGUGCAACGACAACAUGGAUCAACUCCACCAAAACAUCCAAGAACAAGCUUUCAUUAUUCACCACAGCACAACUUUUAAAGAAUAAUGCUCGUUCUUCAUGUAUUAAUACCAGCAAGAAUUUUGGAAAACUUUACUUGAUCAUGAUGAAAAAAGACUUUUCGGAAAUUGAAUUAUUUCGUGCUUAUCAUUCCCGUCAUCUUCUUUUACAGAAUUCCAACAACGGAAUGAAUGAAAAUGUAGCCCAACAACAAGACUCUCUUCUAAUACCAUCAUCAAACAAACAUUUAAAAACAAAGCUUGAUGAAAUCAUGUUUUGGAACAAGCUUGAGGACUAUUUCUCACCCAAUUCAAAACUUGAGGAAGUGUUUGUAAAGGUUACGCUCAGUAAGCCUUCCAUAGAAAUUCCUUCUCACACCACCACAAAUUCCGAUGAUGAACAGCAACUUCCAACGAAGCAAUUAAUGAUCAACAAGGUUCAGGUGAGACCCAUACAAUUAUUGAAAGAAAAGAAAAACAGCAAAAAUUGUAAUUCAUCAACAUCGUCACCAUCACCAUUGCAUUACCAACUCACUCUAUUUCAUAAGGAUAAAAAGGCCACUCAUCAAAAUAUUCCAUCAGCAGUUGAGGCAUUCACAAAAAUUAAAGACCUUCUGAUCACGAAUGGAUAUCAACAAGUACUAAUUCAAACACCCUCUGGACACAAUGUACAAAUGAUAUUGAAAUAUACUAGCUCAAAUAGUAGUGCUGAAAAGACAACUAGGAUUGAGAGUGUCAAAAUGGUGACAUACAUAGAAGAGGUUAAUUCAUGCACUCUUGACCAAGAAGCAACAUCGUUAGUAAUCAUUGAACGUGAACACAACAGAAAAAAGCAUUACAUUCUGGAAGAGGGGAAAAGAAUACCAUUCCUUGUUGAUCUUGGCAUUAUUCAUCCUGAGUCUGGCAAAGUGCUUGCACCAAAAUUUCACAAAUUCAAACAAAUGAAUCACUUUUUAGAAAUCUUCAAGGAUACGAUUCCAAUGAGUGUCAUUGAGCAGAAAGACACAUUACGUAUUGUUGAUUUUGGAUGUGGAAAAUCAUAUCUUACGUUUUCUCUUCAUCAUUACUUGAAAGAAAUACUAAAAAUUGAAAACUUUCAAAUUAUUGGACUCGAUCUCAAAGAAGAUGUUAUAGAGAAAUGCAACGCACUUGCUGUUAAAUAUGACAUGCAACAACAAUUGAAAUUUGUAGUGGGUGACAUUCAUUCGUUUGAGCUCUCGCCACACUUUUUUGAUCAAAGACAAGACAAAACCUCUCAGGUGGACGUUGUUGUUUCUCUUCAUGCAUGCAAUACAGCAACUGAUAAGGCUCUUGCUCAAAGCGUUCGGUGGGCUGCAAAGUGCAUCAUUGCCGUUCCCUGUUGUCAUCACGAAGUCUAUCAACAACUCAAACAUGUCAAGAACUUGCCCGAAGACCACUUAUUGUUUCCACUGUUGAAACACGGCUCACUGAGUGAAAGAUUUUGUUCUCUCUACACUGACAGUCUCAGAUGUCAACUAUUGGAAAUUGCUGGAUACAAGACUAAUGUGAUUGAAUUCAUUGAAACGGAGCAUACACCCAAAAACCUAAUGAUUCGUGCCAUCAAACAUGCAUGCACCUCAAACGAAAUACAACAAGAUUUGCUCAUUCAAAGAUAUCUUAAACAAAAGCAAGGCCUGCCUGUCGAGAUAUCUUUAGAGGCUUUCAUGCAACCCUUUUUUGAAAGAUUUGAACGCAAAGCUGCUGAACGAAUCGUUCAUUGA